AUGGCCGGCCAAGAAAGGGGAGUGGUAGAAUGGACCCACGUAAGCACAAUCCCGAAGCAGGGGUUAAUGGGACCUACAGAAUUUACUUUGACUCUCUCUCUCUCUCUCUCUCUCUCUCUCGCUCUCUCUCUCUCGCUUAUAACAAAAACUAAAGCUAAAGUUCACUACUCUCUGUUCAAGCUGGCGAUCGAAAAUCAGGAAACCACUGUCCGUGAAAUCAAACCCAAGAAUCGGAGAAUCAUGGGUCCGGAUGAAGAGGACAACAGGUGGCCUCCAUGGCUUAAGCCAUUGUUAAGGGAAAGCUUCUUUGUUCAAUGCAAGUUACAUGCUGAUUCUCACAAGAGUGAAUGUAAUAUGUACUGUUUGGAUUGUAUGAAUGGCGCCUUUUGCUCUCUCUGCUUAGCUUACCACAAGGAUCAUCGUGUUAUUCAGAUAAGGAGAUCUUCAUACCAUGAUGUGAUAAGGGUUUCUGAAAUACAGAAAGUGCUCGACAUUUCUGGAGUUCAAACUUAUGUUAUAAACAGUGCAAGGGUUGUGUUUUUGAAUGAGAGGCCUCAGCCUAGGCCUGGCAAAGGUGUCACCAACACCUGUGAGGUCUGCGACCGUAGCCUUCUCGAUUCCUUCCGCUUCUGCUCACUCGGCUGCAAGAUUGCUGGAACAUCAAAGAAUUUCCAGAAGAAGAGAAAGAAUCGACUCGCAAUGGGGUCGGAUUCUGAGGACUCGUACAGCAGCAGCAGCCAUGGCAAGCUCAACAUCAAAGUUCAAAGCUUCUCGCCAUCAACGCCGCCUCCAACUGCGGCUAGUUUCCGAACUGGCAAGCGAAGAAAGGGAAUUCCACACCGAGCCCCGAUGGGGGGAUUAUUCAUAGAAUACUAGUGUCAUUAUUAGUUCCUCAGUUAUACAAAUUAGUAGUUUUAACAAUGCCCCUUCUACUGCGUAGCUUUCUUUAGUAUUCUUGUAUAUAGAAGCAGCAAGUAGAAGUAAGUUUGGAAAAUAGGAGGGGGGAAAUGGAAAAUAAGACAAAAAGUAUGAAGGACUGGAUGGUAAUAAGUGUAAGUGUUUUCUUAAAAGAUAUAAUAGGGUGCUUUAUACUUAAGUUUUGGUAUGGGUUGAAAUGUAAAUAGGGUUUUUCUGUAAUUUAGAAAAGAAAAUAGUGAAUGUGAAUGUGUCUAUAUAUGGAAAUGAAAUAAGACAAUUAUGUGUUGAGACCUUC